AUGGCCACAAAACACGAACAAGGACACGGGGAAAAACACGAACAAGGACACGGGGAAAAACACGAACAAGGACACGGGGAAAAGCACGAACAUGGACACAAGGAAGUGGGGGAGGAGAAGCCCGCAGACGAAAAGGUGCAAGCUCUGUGUGACAAGGUGAAACCCGAUUUUGAGCACAAAUCUGGGAUCAAGGCCGAAGAGUUUAAGGCCGUCAGAUACGCGAGUAAGGUUGUUCAUGGAAUGGACCACUUUGUCAAGGUUUGGCUCGGCAAGGAUCACUUCUGCCAUUUGAAAAUCCACGAACCUCCCCACCACACCGGAGAGAAACCGGCGCUGCACGACUACCAGCUAAACAAGACCAAACACGAUCACAUUCACCAUUUUUAGAAGGCGAAUAGGUUGAA